AUGGUGGAGAUAAAGGAUUCUUCCAAUGUUAGGAAACUUAAGGAAGAGUUUCUGCGAGACUUUAAAAGAUUUGACACCGUUGAAGAUUUCUCAGAUCAUCACUAUGCUGCUGAGGGGAGUCCGGCUAAACUUUCGCUUUGGCACCUAAAAUUUAAAGGGCGGCCGAAGAAUUGGGUGAAAGAUAUUCAAAAAGAGUGGAAGAUUCUUGACAAGAAUUUGCCAGAGACAAUAUUUGUCAGAGCAUGUGAAUCAAGAAUUGAUCUUUUGAGAGCUGUAAUUAUUGGAGCCGAGGGAACUCCUUACCAUGACGGUCUCUUCUUUUUCGAUAUUCAGUUCCCAGAUACCUAUCCUUCAGUGCCACCAAAAGUUCAUUACCAUUCGGGCGGGCUUAGAAUCAACCCGAAUCUAUACAAAUGUGGUAAAGUGUGCUUGAGUCUUAUCAGUACCUGGACCGGUAAAAAGAGGGAGAAAUGGCUCCCCAAGGAGUCCACAAUGUUGCAGCUUCUUGUCUCAAUCCAAGCACUAAUCUUGAAUGAAAAACCAUAUUAUAACGAGCCUGGCUACGAGAAAUCCAUGGGGACUCCAUUAGGCGAGUCCUAUUCUAAAGAUUAUAGUGAGAACGUAUUCGUAUUUUCGUUAAAGACUAUGCAUUUUGAAGAGUUUGUUCGUAGCCAUUUCUUCGUCCGGUCUCACGACAUAGUGAAAGCGUGCAAUGCUUAUAAAGAUGGAGCUCCUGUUGGAUCAAUAGAUAAAGGCGGAGUCAAAAAACAAACUAGACAACGAGGCUCUUUGAAGUUUAGGAUCAAUGUAACUAGCUUUAUGAAGACAGUGGUUGAUGAAUUCGUCAACUUAGGAGCAAUAAGAGAAGCAAAUCAUAGAGGUGAGCCAAACCCAACAUUGUUUUCUUGUUUUUUUUUUUGUUAUCUUGAAUUGAUUAUUUGUAGUGUUUAA